AUGUCAUCGACCUCGAAAACUAUCCUCAGCAAGGUCCGUAAAAUUGUCCCGCCAAUGUUAGAAAGGUUUCAUAAGGGACAACUUGGCCGUGUUUGCGUUAUAGGAGGAAGUGCUGACUAUACAGGAGCCCCUUACUUUUCAGCAAUGGCAUCAGCCAAGCUAGGCAAGAUGCGACAUGGUAAGGCGAGUCAUGUUAUAUGCGAGCCGUCCGCUGCAACUGUGAUCAAAACCUACUCGCCAAAUCUGAUGGUUCAUCCAAUUCUUCAGAGUACCUCAAGUGUGGGGAAUGGAAACGCCAGCAAUAACAUCUCUGACCACGUCAAGCCGAUUCUUGACUUUUUACCCCGUCUUCACGUCCUUGUUAUUGGCCCAGGCCUCGGUCGUGACCCCUUGACCCAAAAGAUAACUGCAGGUGUGAUCAAAGAGGCGAUUAAGCAAAAAGUCGCACUUGUUAUGGAUGCCGAUGCCUUGGUACUAGUUCAAAACGACCCGAAACUAAUCCAUGGUUAUGAUGAAUGUAUAUUAACCCCGAACGUGGUGGAAUUUGCACGACUUAGCAAAUCAGUUGGUCUGGAUCCUCCAGCGAAUGACGGGAAAUCUGGCGUGGAUAAAGAUAAGUCUGCAUCAGAAGCAUGCGAGCGCCUAUCGAGAGCUCUUGGCGGUGUCCUUAUUAUUCAGAAAGGCCCUCAUGACGUGAUUUCCAAUGGUGAUGUGUCCGUUAUUUCUGAUGUUGAGGGUGGCAGAAAACGAAGUGGUGGGCAAGGUGAUACCCUUACGGGCUCCCUGGGGACAUUUAUGGCAUGGAGGAAAGCAUACCAUGACGGACUCUGGGAGGACGGAUGCAGUCCAAGCAACGACGAUGGCUCAGGACAUAGCGCUGAAAUGAUUGAAAAGGAAUUAUACGGGGACAGUUACAAUGGUGGCAAUAAAAUGUCUAGGAAGACUACUCUACUACUCGCCGCAUGGGCUGGAAGCGCAAUCACACGGGAAUGUUCGAGGAGGGCAUUCCUAACGAAGGGCCGAAGUAUGCAGGCCGGUGACCUAACUGAAGAAGUCCACGGAAGUUUCAUGGAGCUAAUUGGAGAGAAAGAAGACGAGUCGAAGUUGUGA